AUGAGUGAUAAAAAUACUGAUGUUUCAUGGGCUUUGGAGCUCCUCGCACCUGAUCCUACUGUUGAACCACAUCUUAUUGCUAAAUAUUUCCAUGAAAUUCAAUGUUCUUUAUUUGGAGCAGGAGUUCCUGUUUUAGGUAAUGCACUUCUAAGGCGACCAAUUUAUGCAGGUAUACAAAACAUUAUUCUAGGUGCAGUAAUCGGAGGAGCUGUAGGACAUCUUUUGAGAAUUCGGGAAAAUGGUAUUCUUGCAACUCGAGAUGCGACCUAUCGUGACUACAUUAUAAGUCAUCCCGAAGAUUUCCCACCCCCAGAACGUAAGAAAUUUGGAGAAGUAUUUUAUCCGUGGUUACCAAUGCGUUAG